ACCGAAUGAAAGUUAUAAUCAAAAAUGAUAAAAAUAAAAAAAUCUGCAAUCAGAAUAUAAUGUAAAUCAAUGUUAAAUAUAUCAAGUAAAAAGUGUGGUUUCUGUACAGAAAAAUGAAAGAUCUGAAAUAAACCAUCUUCAUAUUGUGUAUAGAUUGAAAGCAAAAGCAAAGAAAAAGGUUUAUUUGUUGUCUUCUGUGCGUGCAUCUCGGUGUCUGUGUGUGUGUGUCGAUUGCAUGUGAAAAAAACAAAGUGUCCCCGUCGUUCUGUCGUUUCGUCGCCGUUUGAGUCGUCGUCGUUCGCCAAGUUUUUUUUUUGCAAUACGCGCCAAGUAGUCAGCUCGGAAGUAGCUAAGAAAAGCCUUCAAAAUUGAGCUCCUAACUGCGCCGACAAUAUCUAUAUCGACGGUAGCGACGCCAGCUACGCCAUCGCCACAACAUCAUCUGCAUCAACAUCAGCAGCAGACAGCGAUCUAUCAACAACAACAACAACACCAACAACAACAUUACGGUCCACCACCGACCUUGUCAUCGCCCUACUUUCAACAUCUUCAUCAGCAGCAACAACAACAACAGCAGCAGCAACAACAACAACACAUGAAGUUUUUGGGCGGCAACGAUGAUCGCAAUGGACGCGGCGGCGGUGGCACCGAUGCCAUUGUUAUAGGCCCCAAUCCUGGUGCACCUGGAGCACCUGGCAAUGGCCCACGUGGCAAUUCUCAGGAUGUUGAUGCAUCAGCUGCUGCCGGUGCAGCAGCAGCCGCUGCUGUUGGCUAUGUAUUCCAACAGCGUCCAUCACCUGGCGGCGGCGCUAAUGCCGGUGUGGCCAUCGGUGCCGGCAGCGUAAAUUCGUCGGCUAUGCAUGAUGCAGCCGCUGCUGAAUAUGCCGCACACUUUGCCCAGAAACAACAGCAAACCCGUUGGGCAUGUGGGGAUGAUGGACACGGCAUUGAUAAUCCGGAUAAAUGGAAAUACAAUCCGCCCAUGAAUCCAGCAAAUGCGGCUCCAGGUGGUCCACCCGGAGGGAGUAAUGGCGGUGGUCCUGGAGCAAUCGGUACGAUUGGCAUGGGCAGCGGUCUGGGUGUUGGUAGCGGCGUCGGCGGCGGCAUGGGUGGCGGUGGCACUAACGGUGGCCUACAUCAUCCGUCAAUGGCUGCAGUGCAACAUGUCAUGCAACAAGCUGCAGCUGUGGCCAAGCACAAUCAUAUGAUGUCUCAGGCCGCUGCAGCGGCGGCUGCCCAGCAGCAGCAACAACAUCAACAACCACAUCCCCAGCAGCAUCAGCAGCAACAGAAUCAACAAGGACCUCCACAUCAUAUGAUGGGCGGUGGCAAUGGUGGAGGUGUUAAUAAUGGUCUGGGAAAUGGCUUGGGAGUUAAUCAAUUAAACAAUCAUCAUCAUCAUCAGCAACAGCAGCAGCAACAUCAUCAGCAGCAGCAGCAGCAGCAUCAACAACAGCAGCAACAGCCGCAUCCUGGCCAACAGCCACCGCAUCCUGGCCAGCAGCAGCAUCAUCCUGGACAAUAUAAUUCUAAUUUACUUAGCCAUGCCGCUGCCUUGGGCCAUCAUAUGCCACCUUAUGGCCCACAAUCGGCUGCAGGCAGCAUUUAUGAUCAUCAUGCUGGCCUACAUCCUGGUCUAAACGGUGGCAUGCAAAAGCCACCGCCUCCACCCCCACAAUUGGGUCCACAGGACUAUGUCUAUAUGGGUGGCGGAGGUGGUGGGCAACCCACAAAUAUGCCCAUGAUGCCCCCCCAGAACCAAUAUAUGAAUAACUCUGUUAUGGCUGCCGCCAAUCGGAAUGCAGCGAUUACCACAUCCACUGCCAAAAAAUUGUGGGAAAAGUCAGAUGGUAAAGGCGGAACAUCUAGCACAUCGGGUGGCGGUCCAUUGAAUCCAUUGCAAAUUCCUGGAGUUGGUGAUCAUUCAUCGGUAUGGAAAGAUCAUACAUGGUCCACACAGGGUGAAAAUAUAUUGGCACCGCCAAGAUCCCGAGGCUAUCCACAUGGCGGUGGUGCCUCGGAUACAUCUAAUAGCGGCAAUGCUGGCAUAUUGAGUCCCCGCGAUUCAACAUGUGUGAAAAUGGUUGAAUAUGUUCUGGCCGGUUCACCCACCAACAAGGAGAGUCCUCUAUCGGGCCUAGAGCCGCGUAUGCGUAAUUUAAAGUUUGAUGAUAACGAUAAGUCACACGAUGAUAAAGAAAAGGGAAAUUCACCAUUUGAUACAAAUGGCUUAAAGAAAGAUGAUCAGGUCACAAAUACUAAUGGCGUUGUUGUUAACGGCAUUGACGAUGACAAAGGAUUCAAUCGUACUCCAGGCUCACGUCAACCCUCGCCGGCUGAAGAAACCCUGCCACGCCCACCAAACCUAUUGGAUCCCAAUCAGCAUGGCGGCGGCUUUCCACCCAUGCCGCACUUUAAUCACAUGCUCAUGGAUCAUGGCCAAGGCAUGGGUCUGGGUGGUGGCGGUGUCAAUUCUGGCAAUGGAUAUGCAGCAGUCGCGGCAGCCCAUCAACAAAUGGCGGCCCAAAUGAGCCAAUUGCAGCCGCCAAUGAUGAAUGGCGUGGGUGGUGGAAUGCCAAUGGCAGCUCAGUCUCCGAUGUUGAAUCAUCAAGCAGCUGGACCCAAUCAUAUGGAAUCUCCUGGCAAUCUCUUGCAGCAGCAGCAGCAACAAAAUUUUGAUGUACAGGUAAGAAAGAUUGUAGAAGCAUCUAUCUCUUUAACUAUCCUCUUUUGGUUUCCUGUUGCUGUCGAUUACCCAAGGGUCACAUUGUCAUUGUAA